AUGAUAUGGAAAAAUAUAAAUGAUAAACUAAGAUUUCAAAGAGAAUUAAAUAGAAAUUCAUUUGAACAAUCUGAUGUUGAACAGACAAGCAGCUAUGAACGUAAAAUGGCAUAUUUUAUACGUUUUCAUUUACGUGAUAUUUUAACAAGUGAUCAUCGUCAUGUUUGGUUUAAUAUUCAGACAAAAUCAUUGGAUGAUAUUCAAGAUCGUAGUCAAAUCUUGAUGAAAGUUCCAGAUGAAAUUCCAGUUGUUUAUAGUUUUGGAUCAAUGCUAUCAUAUGAUACGUUUAUGGGACAUUUUAAUGAUCGACCUCUUGCUCGUAUUUAUGUUCAAAAAUUUCCUAAAGCAAUUAAUUUGGAAACGACAACACAUAAUUUCAUAAUUCACCUUAAAAAUAUAGAUCCACAAAUUUUAAUCAAUCAUUCUACUAAUGAUAAUUCAAUACAAAUGAUUUUUCAACUUCAAGCAUCGCCGAUAAUUAAACAACGCAACGAGCAGAAUCAUCCUGAUAAAAAACGAAUGAUGGAAGAAAUACCAUUAUGCAGUGAUUUACUUAUCCGCUUUUUUCCAGCUAAUAUGGCAUGGAUCUUUUUACGUGACUUACCCAUUGCUGGAUAUUCUCGAAGAGCAUCUGAUAAUGUAUUUCAUAUAAAUUUUGCUCUAUUUGAAUGGCAUAAACACUCUGAUAAUCUUCCUCGAAUGGGCAAACCAUCAUAUAACUCUCAUUAUGAUUCAUAUGGAAUUGAAAUGCUCUGGUCAUUGGGUUAUAAAUUUCAAGAUAAGCAUUCUGCCAAUUCUCAAUGGAUACGUACCAUACGAGAGAAAAAAUUUUACAAUUUAUGUUGUACAAUAUGGCAUAAUUUAAAAAAAAAUCAUUGCUAUCAAAUUCAAGAUGCAUUAAAUGAACAAACUUUAAAAAUACAUGAUAAACCUUCUAACGUAUUGCCACAAUUAAAAGAGGUACCAUUUGUCAUUAUUACACCACAUCGUAUCGAAUAUCAACCAUUGCAAUCAACAAUUUGUCAUCGAGGAUUUGAUUUAUAUCCUUCAGAAAACUGGUUACUUGUUCAUAUACGUGAUUAUAAUGGAAUAGAUAAGAUUAGGGAUAUAGAUGUUCAAAUGAAAGUUUAUUUUAGAAAUAAAAUGCUUCAAGGUAUACGUUACAAGGAUCGUCAAUAUCGCUAUUUUGGUUCAUCAAACAGUCAAAUGAAAGAUCAAGCUGGUUGGUUUUUAUCAGUACCUGUCGGAGAAAACAUGAAAUCAGCGCGUGAAAAAGUUGGUGACGUGUCAAAGAUUCGCCAAGUAUCGACUUAUACUGCAAGAGUUGGUCUAUAUCUGACAACAUCAAAACCAACCGAGAUUAAAUUGACUUACAAAGGUGAAUCUGAGAAGGCAGAUGGAGAGCCUUAUAUAAAAAGAACACCGUCUUUUUUCUCACGCAUGAAAAAAAUGUUUUUUAAAUCUAGACAAGAAACAAUAGAGUAUAUGGCUAUUACUAUUCCAGAUAUUGAACGUAAUGACUUUAAAUUUACGGAUGGUUGUGGUAAAAUUUCGUUCGAUCUUGCAAAGAAGGUGGCAAUAAGUAUUGGCAUUCCAAUUAUGAAUGCAUGUGAUAUACCUUCGGCUUUUCAAAUUCGAAUUGCCGGAUGCAAAGGAAUGUUAUCGAUUGAUCCUGAAUCAAAACUAGGUGACAAUAAAUUCUAUAUUUUAGUUCGAGAGAGUAUGAUUAAGUUUGAUGGUACUGACUGGACUCUGCACAUUGUCGAUCAUGCUCGUCCUAUGCCUUUAAGUUUGAAUAAUCAAGUUAUUCGAUUGUUGAGUGAUUUAGGUAUUUCUAAUGGUGUAUUUGAAUCUAUUCAAACACGAUGUAUUGAUCGACAAGAAUUUUGGCAUCCACCAGCUAAAAGUUAUUUGAAUGCAUUAGACUCUCUUGAUCAAUCAGUUAUUAAUUCAAUGCGACAAAAAUAUAAAAAUACAAAAUAUUUUCUUCGUCGAAAUAAAAUUCCAUUACCAUUAAACGAGGCUCGAAAUCUAUUUGGAAUUGCAGAUGAAACUGGAAAAUUAAAACCCGGACAAUGUUUUAUUCAAUAUCGUAAUCUCGAAAAUUCAUCACGAUCCGAAAAAUACAAAGUACAUGAAGGAUCUGUCAUAGUGACUAAAAAUCCAUGUCUUCAUCCAGGAGAUAUUCGUAAACUUGAAGCAGUUUUUAUACCAGAACUUGAGAAUUGUAUACGUGAUUGCAUUGUAUUUUCGACCGAAGGUUUUCGACCUACUUGUAAUGAAAUAGCUGGAUCUGAUUUAGAUGGUGAUCAAUAUUGGGUUUAUUGGGGUGAUGAAAUUAAAAUUACAAAUGUCGAGCAACCAUUUUUUUAUCCAUCUGCAAAAAACUCUCGUGGUACAGAAGUAACUGAUGAACUCAUUGUUGAUCAUGUACUUGAUACAUUCACAAAUAAUUUACCAGGUCUUAUUAGUAAUAUACAUAAAGUUAUUGCUGAGAAGCAUCCUCAUGGUACACGUUCUAAAGAAUGUCAAGAGUGUGCUGCACUUUUUUCUCGAGCAAUUGAUGCAUGCAAAACAGGUGAAACUAUUUCAAGAAAUCGUAUUAACGAAUUAAAAGAGGCAUAUUAUAAAACAUGUCCAACGUGGAUGAUGAAAUUUGAUAAACCAAAGAUGGAUCCGCCAAGUAAAUCAAUCAAUGAAAUUCUUUAUCGAAAAGCUUUAGAAGCAUAUAUUCAUCCAGAUAAUUAUCAAGAUGUUUUACGACCUCUUCAUCCAGAUAAUUAUCAAGGUGAUUUACGAUCUCUUUCAGACAAUGAAAGACUGGAUACAUUUGAUUAA